UGUUGCAGUGGUGACCUCAGGAGAGAAGUGAUCUCAGGAGAGAGAUUUCCAGCAUCUGAGGGCAGGAGUGGCAGGUCUCUGCCAAAGCUCAUCUUAUCAGUUAUGGAACAUCCCUCUGAUCUGUGAAGACUACUUGGAAACUUGACCCCACCUGCCAAAGUCCUUGCAGGCCCUCCAGCUCGGUGCCAUCUACAAACUUUGCACCCGUGGGGUCCAUGAGGACCGGGCUCGCAGCCCCCCUCGGCUUCGGCAGCUCGGCGGUGUGGUGGUGGCGGUGAGAUGGGGGGCAACCUGGGCUGCCACCGCUCCAUCCCCCGUGACCCUGGCGACCUGUGCCACAGCCGCAAGUUCAGCGCGGCGUGCAACUUCAGCAACAUCCUCGUCAACCAGGAGAGGCUCAACAUCAACACGGCCACAGAGGAGGAGCUGAUGACCCUGCCGGGGGUCACCCGGGUGGUGGCCCAGAACAUCGUGGAGUACCGGGAGUACAUCGGCGGCUUCAAGAAGGUGGAGGACUUGGCGCUGGUCAGCGGGGUCGGGGCGGCCAAGCUGGAGCAGGUGAAGUUUGAGAUCUGCGUGAGCAGCAAGGGCAGCUCGGCGCAGCACUCACCCAGCUCUCUGCGGAAGGACCCAGCCUCGGAGCACCACCUGUCCGCCACCAAGAUCAAUAUCAACACCGCCACGCCGGCGCAGCUCAUGAGCAUCCGUGGCAUCACGGAGAAGAUUGCCAACAGCAUCGUGGACUACCGGAAGGAACACGGGCCCUUCAAAAGUAUUGAGGACCUGGUGAGGAUGAACUGUAUCAAUUCCUCUUUCCUAGACAAAAUCAGGCAUCAGAUUUUUGCAGAGAGGUCCCGGCCCCCUUCGACAAACACCAACGGUGGCCUCAACUUCACGGCCAAGCCUCAUCCCAGCCCCACUUCUUUGAGCCUCCAGAGUGAGGAUUUGGAUUUUCCCCCUGGGGGCCCAACUCAGAUCAUCUCCACUCGCCCAUCGGUGGAGAUGUUCGGGGGGCUGAGGGAUGGCAGACCCGUGUUGAGGGUGGCCACCUGGAACCUGCAGAGCUGCUCCGUUGAGAAGGCCAACAACCCGGGCGUGCGGGAGGUUGUGUGCAUGACGCUGCUGGAGAACAGUAUCAAGCUUUUGGCUGUGCAGGAGCUGGUCGAUAGAGAAGCACUGGAAAAGUUUUGUAUGGAGCUGAACCAGCCGACGCUGCCAAACAUCCGCAAGUGGAAGGGCCCUAGAGGAUGUUGGAAGGGUGUUGUUUCCGAAAAACCCUCGGGCCAGCUACAUAAGAGAGUUGAAUACUCUGGGUUCCUCUGGGAUACAACAGCUGGCAUUGAGCUGAAAGAUGCCUGUUCUCAGGAGAAUGUACAGACUAAUGGCAAUGGGAAGCACUCGUAUCCUCACCCAUAUCUUGCACGUUUCAAGUUUGGGAUGAAUGAUCUGACACUGGUUAACCUUCACCUGGCCUUGGCAUCUGCAGCAGGGGAGAACACAGGGAAGAACCAUGACAGCCACAAACUAGCAACCUUUGCACAGACUUUGCAGGAGACUCUGAAAGGAGAAAAAGACGUGAUCAUCCUGGGAGAUUUUAACCAGGCUCCCGACAGCAGUGACCACGACAUACUGAGGAAAGAGAAGUUCCAUCACUUGGUCCCUUCAAGUACCUUCACUAAUAUCAGCACAAAGAACCCUCAAGGAUCCAAGUCACUGGACAACAUCUGGAUCAGCCGCAGCUUGAAAAAGGUUUUCACAGGCCACUGGGCUGUUGUGCGAGAAGGUCUCACAAACCCAUGGAUCCCUGAUAACUGGUCCUGGGGCGGGGUGGCUUCGGACCACUGCCCCGUGUUAGCCGAGUUUUACAUGGAAAAGGACUGGAACAGGAAGGAGGUGACGCGGAAUGGAAAUGGGGUGACCCUUGAGCGCAACGACUUGAACACUAAGCACGAACGAUGAUAUGAACUGGGGGGGUGUCUCCUGGUCCCCGAGGAGCAGUCCAUAGCUCUGUUUGCUUGAGACUCAGCUGCAGAGCAAAACUGCUCCCCCUCUCCCUCCUUCCCAACAUCCUCCCCACAUCCAGAAAGCAUCAGCACUUGAUUUUGAUGGCCGUCACUCUGUGUUCCUCACAGACAGUUUUUGGGACAGUUACUGUCUCAUGGCAAUAGAGCAAUCUGUAACUUUUUAUGGGCACACAAUGGACAUUGCCUGGAGAUUUGGAUGAGAACUGUACAGAAAAUAAAGUGUACUUUUAAUACUG